CAACAGUUGAUGGCCGAUGGCCUUUCCUGUCAUGAACACGUUCAGAUUACGGAGUAGUUGGUAACAGUCCUGCGUCGGUUUCUAGACGAUUUCCUACCAGUACUAGCAUCCCCUGGACUGUUGUUGGUCUCAUUGGCGUCUUCCCCUCAUGUGAAUCUCCCGGCCUCCCCUGGACUUGGAGGUUGGGCGCCCCUUGAAUACUUUGCUAAAUAGGAACUCCCUUGGCCAAGGUAGCCCGAUCAAGAUAUCAUGACCCAGCAUAUAAAGAAAGAAAAAAAAUCCCGCUUCUGGUAUUUUUCUCAGUAUCAUGUCUCACUUGAUGAUACGUUCUAGGGCCUGUUUGCGUCCCAGACCUCAUCGUCGCCGGGUGUGCAUUCAUCAACGGGGCCCAGCUUUUUCGGAUGCCAAUCUCUUGGUGAGGUCCGCCCAAUCCUGGUUUCUGAGCGGUCUUCUUCUUGGACUUAAUCAACGGGCACCCCCUGCUCAUGCUCCUUACCUUAGUCCGCCCCCCUUCUAGGCCUCCCCUAACUCCCCCAGUCCCUGGUCCCUCCCCGAUCCUGGGCAAGACGCUGGACCUCUUUUCAUUCUUAUCCCCUUUCGUCUCCGUCAACCCCAGGCGCUUUGUUCCUCUUGCUUUCCUCGUGUGCUCCUUCCUUGCCAACUGAGAGUUUCAUCUUUACUUACUCUCUCCCACACUCAUUUAUCAACUGUUUUUUGUUUUCCCCGGCUUCUUGCCUCAUCACGUUCGCUUUUACAGCAGUCGCUCACUUAGUCGAGGGGAUUGGACUAUACUUUCAAAAACACAACAUUCUUUAAAAGACAAUAAAAGAUAUAUAGGUUGAACCGCUACCAUGAAGAACCUCAUCACUUACACCCUUGCGGCCACGCUCGCCGCCGGUGCUACCGCCCAGCAUCACCAGCACCAGCACAUGCACGCCCGCCGCCACGCUGGCUCCAAGGUCGAGAAGCGUGACCCUGAUGUUAUCACCGAGUACGUUGUCGCCGCCACCGAGACCGUCUAUGAGCUCGGUGGAGAGGAGAUCGACAUCCAGGCCGCCAAGGCUGGUCUCGAUGGCGGUAGCCUCGUCAUUGUUGGCGAGUCUAACCCUACCUACGAUGCACCCGCAGCUCCUGCCACCAGUGCUGCUCAGCCCGCCAAGGUUUCUCAGCCCAAGAAGGAUGUGGGCGCUCAAUUCUACGAGUCCAAGACUGCUGCGGCUACUAUGGCUGUCUACUCGGCCCCAGCCGCCACUCAAUCCAAGGCCUCCAAGCCCAAGUCAAGUGGCUCCAGCUCCAGCUACAGUGGCUCCAGCGGCGCCACCGGUGUUGACAAGAAGUUUGAGAGCGGUACCAUCGACUGCAGCGAGUUCCCCUCAGCGUAUGGUGCUGUUCCCCUCGACUGGCUGAAACUUGAUGGCUGGUCUGGUAUCCAGUACUGCCCUGACUACAGCUCCGUGUCCAAGCUGAUCUAUCAGAUUGACACUGCUAUCUCUGGCGACAGUUGCAAGCCCGGUGCUAUGUGCUCCUACGCUUGCCCCGUUGGUUACCAGAAGACUCAGUGGCCCUCUGCUCAAGGUUCCGAGCGUGAAUCUAUUGGUGGACUCUACUGCAACAAGGACGGCAAGCUCGAACUGACACGUGAUGGUUACGACACUCUUUGCGAACCUGGUGUCGGCGGUGUCACUAUUCAAAAUGACCUCGACGAGCAGGUUGCAACUUGCCGAACUGACUACCCCGGAACUGAGAACAUGGUUAUCCCUGCUGUUGCUGAGCCUGGUAGCAGCGUCGCUGUCUGUAACCCCGACCAGGACAAGUACUAUGUCUGGGACAAUGUAGGCACCUCAGCCCAAUACUAUGUCAACAAGAAGGGCUACACUGUCGAGCAGGCUUGCGUUUGGGACAGCUCCACCGGCAAGGAUGCCGGCAACUGGGCACCAGUUGUUCUCGGCGUUGGCAUGAAGAACGGCAUGACCUUUGUCUCCAUUUUCCAGAACUCGCCAACCAGCACUGCCCUCCUUGACUUCAACAUUGAGAUCAAGGGUGGCAACAAGAAAUGCUCCUACGUCAAUGGCCAGUGGAGCGAGGGAACUGGCUGCACCACUGCUGCCGCCGAGGGCCAAAAGAUUACUGUCCGAUACUUUUAAAAGAAUGUUACUUGACUUCGUCAAGUAGGAUGUGCGUUUUUUGGAACUUCUUGUCAAUAUUCUGGGUGACAGAGCUUGGGACCUUUCGGCCGCGGGCAACGGACGAGCGCAAGCUGUUGGACCUGAGUUGAUCAUAUCGAUGACGUGCGCGACAGCUGGCAUGAGCAGGCUUCCUCCCAUUUCUUGAACCGGAUUGAAACUCUUGGAUACGCUGGAUGAGUAAGGACCUGAGAAUGUUGCGACAGCCGAUCUACUGGCUUGUCUUGUUCUCAGCGUCCUUUUCUAACAGUAUUUGUUUUACUUUAUUUUCUUAUGUCAGCAAAUACUCCAUAUAUUGCAUUUUGGCCUGUUUCUUACAUUGGACUCCUCACGGAACGAUCAUGCCCUGAGCCAUUGUUUGGUGACAGACGAAUGCAGCCAGCGAUUGUCAAUUUUGCAUUGGGAGGAGCCCUGGAGGUGUUUUAUACCCCUAACCGAAGAGAUGGCGAUGGAAGAAUCUUUUCGGACAGCAAUGAGAUCAAGUGGUCAACGUCGUUGGGUCCUGGAAUAGAAAUGCCCCCUCUUUGAGCUUAGCUUGUCUAUGUAAUGUCUGCGAUUUGGAUAGUGUAUAGUGUCUUUUAAAGUACGAUAAUUGCAUUCUUUGGUAGCCC